CUCCUCUCCUUCCUGUGCGCUCAGUAAAUGCUCCUCCUCCCUCUCACGUGUCUCCUGUGCCCUCCUCAAUCACUCCUCUCCUUCCUGUGCGCUCAGUAAAUCCUCCUCCCUCUCCCUUCAGGCAUCUUUGUUCCUUCUCUCAAACCGUCCGACAAUGUCAUCCCCUCCCCCAGCGUUUCUCCGCCCUCCUCUGUUGUUAGUGAACAAGCUCAGCUGAGCACGCACAUCCGGUUGUUUCAGGUUCCCACACAGACACAUGGAAAUAUCUGAGAUUAAAUCAGAAGCUGAGACUGAGGAGCAUUGGCGGGAGAGCUCAGCACUUACUGGUGUGGGUUCUCCAGAGAUGAAAACAAGGAGGUUAGAGGGGAAAUGGGAGAAUAAAGAGCCGGACACUGAGGAUCCUCUGGACACAAUAAAGAGAGAAAUGGAUUCUGAUCCUUUAGAGGGUUCUCCAGAGAUGGAAACAAGGAGGUUAGAGGGGAAAUGGGAGAAUGAAGAGCCGGACACUGAGGAUCCUCUGGACACAAUAAAGAGGGAAAUGGAUUCUGAUCCUUUAGAGGGUUCUUCCGAGAUGGAACCAACGUGGGUAAAAGUGAAGAGUAAAGAGUCAGACACUGAAGAUUCUCUGAUCACAAUAAAGAUAGAAAUGGAUUCUGAUUCCUUAGAGGGUAACUGCUCAACAGACACAGAAGAAGAAGAGGAAAUUCACAAUCUAGCAGGCAAUGGUCUCUCCUAUCUCCUAUCUGAAGCCAACGGGCCAUCACACCCAAACAACCAGAUGCUGAUCCACCAGACAGUGAACACAGAUUCAUCAAAGAAUUCACACACAGACCCUGGAGAACAUAGUUUUGCCUCUGGCAAGAAAGUCUAUAAAGGGAAAAACACCUUCACAGAGUCUGAAAAUCUGUCACAGCAGAAAUUCCAAAGAGAAAAGAAAGCCUUUGUUUGCAGAGAAUGUGGCAAAGAAUUCCCACAAAAAAGCAACCUUCUGCGACACUAUAGAACCCACACAGGAGAGAAACCUUUCUCUUGUUCAGAAUGUGGGAAAGAAUUCUCUGAUAAAUGCACCCUUCUCAGGCACCAUAGAACCCACACAGGGGAGAAACCUUACAAUUGUACAGAAUGUGGGAGAGAAUUCUCUCACAAGAGCCAACUUUGCAGACACCAGCGAAUCCACACAGGAGAGAAACCUUACUCUUGUACAGAAUGUGGAAAGGGAUUUUCCCAAAAAAACACUCUUUACAGACACACGAGAAUCCACUCUGGAGAGAAAUUUUUCUCUUGUUCAGAAUGUGGAAAGCUAUUUUCUCAGAAAAGCGCCCUUUACUUACACCAGAAAACCCAUAUAGAAGAGAAACUGUUCUCUUGUACACAAUGUGGGAAAGAAUUUUCUCAAAAAAGCUCCCUUGACUCGCACCAGAAAAUCCACACUGGAGACAAACCUUUCUCUUGUACACAAUGUGGGAAAGAAUUUUCUCAAAAAAGCUCCCUUGACUCGCACCAGAAAAGCCACACAGGGGAGAAACCUUUCUGUUGUACAGAAUGUGGGAAGGGAUUCUCUACUAAAAGAUACCUUUGCCUACACCAGAGAACCCACACGGGAGAGAAAUAUGCCUCUUGUGCAGAAUGUGGGAAAGGAUUCUCACGGAAAGCUUAUCUUGUCUUACACCAGAGAAUCCACACAGGGGAGAAACUUUUCUCUUGUACACAUUGUGGAAAGGAAUUUUCUCAAAAGUCUCACCUUUCCUUACACGAGAGAACCCACACAGGGGAGAAACCUUACAUUUGUACAGAAUGUGGUAAACAAUUCUGUCAAAAAAGCUCCCUUGCCUUACACCAGAGACUCCACACAGGAGAGAAACCUUUCUUUUGUACAGAAUGUGGGAAGGAAUUUCCUCAAAAACGCUACCUUGACUCACACCAGAAAAUCCACACAGGGGAGAAACCUUACACUUGUACAGAAUGUGGGAAGGGAUUCUCUACUAAAAGAUACCUUUGCAGACACCUGAGAACCCACACAGGAGAGAAAUAUGCCUCUUGUGCAGAAUGUGGGAAAGGAUUCUCACGGAAAGCUUAUCUUGUCUUACACCAGAGAAUCCACACAGGGGAGAAACUUUUCUCUUGUACAUAUUGUGGAAAGGAAUUUUCUCAAAAGUCUUACCUUUCUGUACACGAGAGAACCCACACAGGGGAGAAACCUUACACUUGUACAGAAUGUGGCAAACAAUUCUCUCAGAAAUGCAUUCUUGUCACACACCAGAAAAUCCACACAGAAGAGAAAACUUUCUCUUGUACAGAAUGUGGGAAGAGAUUUCCUCAAAAACGCUACCUUGUCUCACACCAAAGAACCCACACCAGGGAGACGUUCACAUGUACUGAAUGCGGUAAAGCAUUUUUGCACCAAAUAAGCCUUAAGAAACAUUAUAAAAUCCACAAAGAUGAGAAAAUGUUCACUUCUGCAGAACGUGGGGAAGAAUUCUUUCUACAGAACCAUCUUUCCGCACACCACGAAAUCCACAGAAAUGUUGACAUAGUGCAUGAAAUGUUGCCUAAUAAUCAGAUUUAAGUUCAUUUUAGAUCAGGUUUCUCAUGGUGGGACUGGCAAGUAAAACUCCCCUCUCCAUCUGUCACUACUUCCCAUGGGUCUAUGCACUAGUUAAAGCCCAAGCAAUGGAGACCAAUGGACCUCAACUGUCACAACGCUUGCUUUGGUGAUUUGUAGCACUAUAGAGACAGUAUUUGGGGUGCCUUUUCCAAAUGCCCUCACCAGUAAACCUCUGAACUAUAACUCUCAAGAUACGCUUUGAUCAUUCAUCCUGGCUGUUCUAGGAUAACAUUCUACAAGAAUAGUAGAAUAAUAUUGAAGUUGUUGUUUCCAUGGUAAACAAAUAUUCAUGGCACAAUAACAAAAUGCAUAUUACUCAUACCACAGAUGUCUGCCCCAAGUGCAUCAGGAUUCACAGUUUGCUCCAAGGAAUAUCAUCGUCUAUCCCUGAACUGCAGUCCCUACGGAUUGGUGGAUGUCACUGGGGGAACAACCCCAAACUACAAUCUCUUUGUUGGAGCACAAAACUGCUCUUACCAGCUCAUACUGUAUUUCUUACACUCAUGUAGUGAGAUAUAACUAGAGUUGGCUGCCCUUAACUGAAGCCCUUAUUCAUAGAGUUCCUUUGUUCACUGAGUGGGUAAACAGGCAAAACUACCUAUACUGCUUCCCAAUAAUUUAGGGUGGCUUCAAGCAUUGACGUUAUCUUGGAAAAACUAUGGAAAAACUGCCCCAUUUGCCAUUCGCCUCAAUUAGUUUGCACAGUAACGGAUCUAUAGUUAUGAGCACAUGACUUGCCUUUGAGCUGAAUGGCAGUGCAUCUGUAGAGCUCUGUGCUCCACACCCAGAUCCAGCGAUGGGGAAAAGGAAGGAAAGAAUAACGGGGAAAAAGCAAUCCAUGGCACAAACCAAGCUAAAACUGCUUUUCUUUAAAAAGAAAACCAACCUUGUGCAAUCCAAGAUGGCGGCCUGUAAAAUAGGAAACCUGCUUCCCAAAUACGAGAAUAUUUUAACAUUGUAGAGAUCAAACAAAUUCAUGAAUUAUUCACAUUAUUAAAUAUGCCCCAUGUCACAGCUAGUGGUCGAAAUGGUUUGCUAUUACGUGACUUGGGCUUAUCUGAAAGCAGUUCUGUUGUGUAGUGCUGGAUCUUUCUGAAUGCUCAGAAUGGGGCACAGUGACCUGAGAUGGCGCCUACACACCAAUAUUAAAAAAUAAAUGUAUAAUAGAUAAAGUAAUGUAGAAAUAAAUACAAUACUAUAAAAAUUAUAACAGAUUCCUUUUAAUUCUGUAUUUUAAGUAGGAAUGCACAGAAUACAAAAUUCAGUUAGGGACUUGUCCAAAACAUAAUCUUUUUAUUGGCAGGAUUCAAAUGCCGCCAGAUCCAAGUGCCUGGCUAAACUGAAUCCAGACAUUUAAAAUCAUGUGACUUCAAGCCACAUGGAAAACUAUACCUUCAGCAUGAAUACCUGGCCAACAGAUUACCAUAUAAUUUAUAUAAUAAUAAUAAUAAGUGGCCUAUUAUAUAUAUAUAUAUAUAUAUACAUAUAUAUAUAUAUAUAUACCAGUAAAUCUUGCUUUAUUACAUCAUUUACCUUGAGCCACCAUUUUGUGAUGGUCUGUGUGUUGCUUCAGAGGUCACCUGACAGGAAGUGAUGCAGCUCUAACUGUAACAGGAAGAAGUAUGGGAGUAAAAGGAAGAACUUUCAGAACCAUUCAUUGGCUCAUGUGACCUAGCAUGUGUAUGUGCGCCCUUGGUGUGUUUGUCUGCACUGUGAAUUGUACAAUGCCAAGGGGUGUCCCUUAAUAUUAAAAUGACAGUUUUCUAUUCAGGAUUAACUGGCAUAUUCUACUAGAAAAGUAGAUUUUUAUAAAAAAUGCUGUGUUUAGAUCAAGCAGUGUUUUGAAUAUGGGCUGUUUUAUACAAUAUAUUUUCAUGGAGACCUAUAUUAUUCAGGGUAUAGUUUACCUAUAUUGCACCCCCCUGUAUGCUACACGUGUGUAUCUACCCCCCUUCAUUAAUAUUAUAUAUAUCCCACUUAUUCAUAUACAACUUGGAAUUUGGAAAUUUGAAUUCUGUACAAGGUUAUACUUAGAGUUACUUUUUCUGUAUAUAUAUUAUAUAAUAAAGAUGACUGAUGGUACAGUU